AUGAGGAGACAACUCCGCCGAUGGACCAAGUCGUUCUUGUGCGCAUUACCUGCCUUCGCAUUCAUCUUAAUGACGAUAUUCUACAAUGGAUUCUUUAUUGCAACCAUUAAUUUCGGCGGAAGCUCGAACGAAGACAGCAUGAGAAACAGCAACAAAGGUUUCCGAAAGCUUCUAGAGGACGGGCACUUGCCUCCGGGGAGAGAUCGCUACAACUCAAGCUCGUUGGCUCAUCGUUUGCCUCAGUGCAUCAUUAUCGGAGCAAGAAAGUGUGGCACUCGAGCUCUUAUUGAAUUUCUCAAACUUCAUCCUCAGAUUAUUUCUCCCAAUGACGAGAUGCAUUUUUUCAGCAAUGACACAAAUUACAAGCUUGGCUUCGAGUGGUACCGCAAGAAAAUGCCGCUAUCCUACCCCGAUCAAAUCACCAUAGAAAAGACUCCGAAAUAUUUCAUCUCUGUCAUUAGUCCUAGCAGAAUCCAUCGAAUGAACAGUUCCAUUAAACUGAUCGCAAUCCUGCGACACCCAACCACCCGAGUCAUCUCUGAUUAUACACAGAUCUGCGCCAACAAGCAAUCCAAGAACGAGACAGCUGAACCAUUUGAGCUUCGAGCACUGGACAAACAAACCGGGCACAUCAACCCUGUCUACAAAGCCACACAAAUCAGCAUGUACCACCUUCACAUCUCUCGCUGGCUGCAGCUGUUCCCUCUAAACCAGCUGCAUAUCGUCGAUGGUGACAACCUCAUACUAAACCCUCUAGAAGAAAUCCGAAAGAUCGAACAGUUUCUCAAUCUACCUCACCUCGUGAACCCAGACAGCUUCUACUACAACAGCACCCGAGGCUUCUACUGUAUGAGAAAGACUAAGACCGGGCCUGAGCAAUGCCUGGGAGCCAAUAAGGGUAGAAAGCACGUGAACCUCAGUAAAAAGGUCAUUACUAAACUGAACAAAUUUUUCAAGCCACACAACGAACAGUUGUACAAACUUAUCGGCCGACGGUUCCCAUGGAGAUGA